CUCCUGUUUAAACUUUAAUUCUGUCACAUACUGAUGUUUUUUUUUUAAUGUCCUUGUAGUUGUUGGCAUUUAAACCAUUUAAAACAAGUUACAUAUUACAAGAUUUGUGGGUGCUUUUUGCACAUUUGAGUAUUUCCAUGUCAUAAACACCUAGUUGUGCAAUAUAAUGCAAUAAUACUUUAAUUUAGCGUAAAGCAUGGAAUGUUUCUAAUAUAAAGUGUGUAUAAAGGUGUGUUGCAAGCAUUUUUCACUGAUCUAAAUAUCGGUGUUUCAGAAGUCUGUGUAAACUUUAUUAGAGUCAGAAGAUGAACUCUGAGAAGAACAUAAAGUGCAUUUGGGUGAAUGAAGUUUUUAUUCUGAGCAAUGAACUUUUACAAACUUUCUUUCUUUUACAGCCAUCUGGUUUGUUCUAGUGAAUCCAUUUUGACUUUAAAAGCAGAAACCUGUAUAACUCCUGUGUUUAUUAACUGAAAACCCUCAUAUAUCAUUUGUCUGAUUCCUUCUCUGAUUAAAGCCGAUGACGAUGCCAGUCAGAUCAUAAAGUUGUUUCACCUGCGUGUGAUGACAGUAGGUUACCUGUAUGUCAGCUGAAACAUGUACAAAUAUCGCUCGCUGUUUUCCCUCCAUAUCUGCUUGCUUUUGGUAGAAACAAGACAUGCAGCCAGCAAGACACGAGUUUACAUCACCUCAUUAACUACGUGCUGCUGGUGUCGGGAUGAAGGCAGGCCUCGGGCUGGUGGUGCUGCUGGUGCUGUCUGUGGAGUCCAGCAGUUUCUCUCCUCCUGGGAAACCAGUCCUGCUCGGCUGCAGGUCCCCAGAAAAGGAGACGUUUACCUGCUGGUGGAAGCCGGGUUUGGAUGGAGGCCUGCCGACGGUGCACCGCCUCUACUACGAGAGAGAAGACUUGGAGGGAACGCAUGAGUGUCCGGACUACCGCUUUGCAGGAAGCAACUCCUGUUUCUUCGACAAAAACCACACAUCCAUCUGGGUCGACUACCACAUGAUGGUGCAAGCUUCCAGCGCCCUCGGAAAUGUCUCCUCAGAUCCCCUCAAGUUCGACGUGAUGGAAAUCGUUCGACCCUACGCUCCUGAAAACGUGACUCUGGUGGUGGAGGAGAAACAGGAGAGCCCAUAUCUCCACAUCAGAUGGAAGCGUCCCUCCAACACCGUGACCAGGUCCGGCUGGGUCACCAUUAAAUACCAGCUGAGGGUCAAACAAGAAAACAGCAACGACUGGAAGAAUUACACUUCGGGUACACAGACAGGUUUCAGCCUGUACAGCAUCCAUCCUGGGGUUGUGUACGAGGUUCAGGUGCGCUGUACGCUGGACCACAGCUCCUGGAGCGAAUGGAGCAACACAACCUUUGUGAAAAUCCCAAACUAUCUUCAGAACGAGAGGCCAUUCGGGAUUUUGGUUUCCAUCUUCUCAACAAUUCCAGUUGUAGCAGCGCUGUGUAUCUUGGUCACAAAGUGGAAAUAUGUGAAACGGUUUCUCCUGCCGCCUGUUCCUGGUCCAAAGAUAAGAGGCGUUGAUGUUCAGCUUCUCAAGAGUGGGAAAUCUGAAGACGUCCUCAGCGCCCUGAUUGUCAGCCAGAACUUUCCUCCUAUGGUGGCCCUGAAGGACGAGAUGGAGGAGUAUUUAAUUGUGUCUGAUGGUGGUGAAUGGCUUCUGUCGGCUCCCUUAAAGUCUCAAAAGAAGAAGAAAAGCUCCAUCAUUCCUGCUGGAUUCCACUUAGACUCCGAAUGUAAGGAGUCGACCCCAAGCCAAGUGCAGGAGAACAAGGAUGAAAUGCAGAGUUCAUCUAUCCUGGAGCAGAAACUGCAGUUCUCAGGUAUUAACUUUGCGGCAGCAGACCUGCACAAAGGUGCUCCUGAGAACUUCAUGCAACAGCUUCCAAACAGCGGUUAUGUGGAUAUUCAGAGACAGAAGAACAUUGUGGAGGUGGAUGGGACACAGGUGGACUACAGCAGAGUGAAGGAAGUGAAUGGUGACAAUAUUUUCAUCCUGCAGAAGGAAAACGUCCUGCUUAUUUCGGACGUUCAGAGACGAGAGGAGAGCAUGUCAGAGGACUACAGCAGGGUGAAGGAGGUGAACGGUGACAAUGUGGUUCUCCUGCAGAAACAAAAUGAGUCAGCUGACUCUUUCUGUAAGGAGAAGGGAAACCAUUACACAUAUUGCACCAAUCGGACACCAAGAAAUCCUCACAUGACUGGACCCAGUCCAAUGGGAAUCUGCACAGAUCUAAGCAGCGAUGGAUAUGUGGACACUAUACCUGCACCACCUUUAAUUUAACUUUUGUUCUUUAUAUAGUUAAAUGAUCGUGAUUAUCUUAUCAGAAGAAUUGCCCUUACAUUUGGUGGGCAUCAGAGGAUGUACCAUCUGAGAUCUAGAGUGGAAUGUUUUCACAAAAAUUUGUAUUGCUCUGAAAAGUCCACCUAGGAUGAAGUCAAAUUACUCCAGGGUCUAUGACAUAAAUAGUAAUGGUUUGGUAACUUUCCCUGCUCGUGCCAUUGUCAGUUUAGGGAUGGGAUUUGAUGACAUUAACAUAAAAUCAGAAGUGUCGCCAGAAUUUUAUCCUCAAAGAGUUGUUGGCAGCGAUCAGAUUACAUUAAUUACUUUGCAGUCGUCUAUUUUGCCUGAGGCAAAUUCCGGUCUGUCUGGUUCAUUCGGGAUGCACAAAAGAACUACAUGUAUUUUUUAUUGAAUUUAAUUUUAAUAGCAUUUUAAAUAUGUUAUUAGAAUUUCUAAUUAUUCUGAUGUAACAGACGACACACAAUCACGUUGAUGGUCUUCAACACGAAUAGUUCAUUUCUUUAGACUUUUGCUGUAACUUGUUUGACAAAUUUAUUUCCAGAAUGGUUCAGGGGUUGUAUUCAUUUUGGAAAUAUUAUUCUCCAAUCAUAAGAUUUUCCUAUUUUUUAAAAUGGAUUUAUCUGAAAUUCUAGGCUUUUAAAAUCUAGUUCUGUAACACAAUGCAAUGAGUUUGCCAAUAAAAGAAGCCCCAUACUUUUACUUUGAGACAGGAAGUCUUUUAGGAAAGAAGCAUUUCACAUGUAAAGUUAUUUUUUAUCCCUUUCAACAACGGAUUUAAAAUAUAGAUAUAUUUUACAUCCAAUCAAGGAGCAUAGUAAUAAGAUAAUUCAAAUGUGUUAACACAAAUGACAGUGUAAUAAAUUUUGUGCAGCUUUUGUUUUCCUACUUUGGAAUGUUUGGUUUAAACCCAGGUUUAUUUUUGCUCCCUCAGAUUAAAAACAAUGCCACUUGUGAAGACCUUCAAGAGAAGGCUUGCAUUGUUUUGUAUGAACUAAAGCUUUAGGUUUUCUUGUGAAGGACGUUUCUUCUCUUCUCUAACCGAAAUAAACAAAACAUUUGACAAAUUGA